CGGAGAUGUGGCUGGAGGGCACGAGGGUGCACUUCCAGACCAAGACCAAGGAAACCGGCAAUGUUGUUAUUUCAGGUGCUUUCGUCGAUCUUAAGAAUGUUGUGAAAGGUGACAAUGCAGCAACAUCCGCUCCCAGUCAGUCAUCAUCUAACUUGAAGAGUGAUGGAUUGUUCGCAAAGAUUGAUGAACAAGUAAAAGCUAAUCCUUCCUUAGCUAAAUCUAUUGGAGCUAUCUAUCUCUACAAUAUUACUGAGAAUGGCAAGACUGUGAAGCAAUGGACUUUGGACCUUAAGACCGGUUCAGUUUACGAGGGUGCACCAAAGAGUGGCAAACCGGAUACAACCAUGACAUUAUCGGAUGAAGACCUCAUAGCGCUAG